AUGCCGCCCUCCUGCCUGAAGCUGAUGAACAACCAGGUACUCCCCGCCUUCCUGCUCUGCGGCGCACUGCUGGUCAUCAAGAUGUACGUGGUGGCUAUCAUCACCGGCCAAGUGAGCCUGCAGAAGAGGGUACGUGCGGCUCUCGGGGACCCCCAGUCCACCGUGUGUACACUCACGUCUCCCGCCGCCAUUGGGAAGGCUGGCUUCGGGGACCAGAAGUCUUCCCGGCCCUGGAGCAUGUGGGAGCGGCAAGACCCUGGGGACCCAGAGUUACCUUCAUCCACUGUUCAGGCGCUCCCCGUCCAAGUGGGACCAGCUAACCCGGGUGGAGAGCGAACGUAUCAGUACUGGCCCUUUUCCACGAGUGACCUGUACAAUUGGAAGACCCAGAACCCUCCUUUCUCAGAGAAGCCCCAAGGCCUCGUUGACCUCUUAGAUUCCAUUUUGUUCACUCACAACCCCACCUGGGACGAUUGUCAGCAGCUGUUACAAGUGCUCUUCACCACGGAAGAGCGGGAGCGAAUCCUGGCAGAGGCGCGGAAACGGGUCCCGGGGGCCGACGGGAGGCCGACCGCCCAGCCUCAUCUCGUGGACCAGGGGUUUCCUCUGUUGCGGCCUAACUGGGAUUUUGAGCAAACGGAAGGUAGGGAGCGUCUCCGAGUGUACCGCCAGACUCUAAUGGCUGGCCUGCGGGCCGCAGCUAGGAAGCCGACAAAUUUGGCGAAGGUAAAUUUAGUAAGGCAAGAGCCCACUGAGAGCCCGACAGCCUUCCUAGAGAGGCUGAUGGAAGCCUUUAGGCAAUAUACACCUAUGGACCCCCAGGCUGAGGAGUCACGCGCUGCAGUUCUGUUAGCGUUUGUAAAUCAGGCAGCCCCAGAUAUUAGGAGGAAAUUACAAAAGAUAGAGGGAUUGGGAGAACAGACGAUACAGGAUUUACUGAAAGCAGCUGAAAAGGUAUUUAAUAAUAGAGAGACCUCAGAAGAAAGGGAAGAGUGAAUUCGACGGGAGGAAAGGGAAUUAGCUGAGAAGAUCAGGAAGGAAGAUAGGGAACAUAGAGAGAAGGAAAACCGGAAGAACCAGCGGGAGCUAGCCCAGAUUCUUUUUGCGGGGAUGAAGGCCAGAGCAGAAUUGAGGGAGCCUCGAGACCCUCAGACGGGAAAAAAAGAGAAACCAAAAAGACAGGCCCUAAAGAAAGAUCAGUGCGCUUACUGCAAAGCGGGGCACUGGAAAAACGAGUGCCCUAGGAGGGACCCAAAGAGAGGAACAACCCAGACAGAGGGAAUCUCCCCUGGAACUCGAGUUCUAUAUGUGGGGGAAGACAGUGACUAGGGGAGUCAAGACUCGGCACCCCUCCCCGAGUCCUGGGUAACCAUACAUGUGGAGGGGAAACCCGUUGGCUUCAUGGUAGAUACCGGCGCCCAACACUCCGUUUUAAAUCAAAAACUGGGACCAAUGUCUAAGAAAACCAGCUUGGUGCAGGGAGCCACGGGGACAAAAAGAUAUUGUUGGACCACGGAACGGAAAGUAAAUCUGGGGACCCACCAGGUGUCCCAUUCAUUUUUGGUGAUACCAGAAUGCCCAGCCCCUCUACUUGGAAGAGACUAGUUGACUAAAGUUAAUGCUCAGAUCCAUUUUGACCCUAGGGGAAUGUCAGUCACGGAUGGACUUGGACAGCCGAUACAUGUCUUAUCCCUAGCCUUAAGGGAUGAAUACAGACUUUUUGCUCCUAAGCCCUCAGAGGUCAUAGCACCAGAUGUACAACCGUGGGUCCAUAAAUACCCAUUGGCCUGGGCAGAAACGGCAGGAAUGGGACUGGCCAAACAGAGACAUCCAGCCGUCAGGGAGCUAAAGGCCGAGGCAGUUCCUGUGAGGGUGAGACACUACCCUAUGAGCCAGGAGGCUCGGCGGGGGAUCACUCCCCACAUUCGACGGCUCAUGGAUGCCGGAAUUCUCAGGCGGUGUCAAUCCCCUUGAAACACCCCCUUACUGCCGGUGAAGAAGCCAGGGGGGACAGAUUACAGACCUGUCCAAGACCUGCCAGAAGUCAACAAGCGGGUGAGUGACAUACACCCCACUGUCCCUAACCCGUAUACCCUCCUGAUCAGUUUACUGCCUGAGUACACUUGGUUCACUGUGUUGGACUUGAAAGAUGCUUUUUUCAGCCUACCCCUGGCGGCCCAGAGCCAGGAGAUAUUUGCCUUUGAGUGGACUGAGAGGGAGGGCCCACCGGUAGUACAAUUAACUUGGACCCGCCUCCCACAGGGGUUCAAGAACUCCCCUACCUUGUUUAAUGAGGCUUUGAGUGAGGACCUCUACGAAUAUCGGACUCGCCACCCAGAGGUCAUCCUGCUGCAAUAUGUAGAUGACCUUCUGUUGGCUAAAACUACAGAAGAGACAUGCAGCCGUGCCACCGGGGACCUCUUACAGACUCUAGGCACCUUUGGAUAUUGCGCCAGCGCAAAGAAGGCACAAAUAGCCUGGCAAGAGGUCACCUAUUUGGGGUAUAAGAUCAGGCAGGGGCAACGGUGGCUAACCCAGGCCAUGAAGGAAACGAUAUUACAGAUACCAGAGCCCAAGACCCCUCGCCAGGUGAGAGAGUUUCUGGGGACUGUUGGAUAUUGCAGACUGUGGAUCAUGGGGUUUGCUGAGAAGGCCCGGCCCUUGUAUGAGGGAAGUAAGGAGACCCCAAACUGGACUUGGACUGAACCAAUGAAACAGGCUUUCCAGACACUCAGACAGGCCCUCCUAGAAGCCCAAGCCCCUGCCCUGCCUAACCCAAAUAAGCCAUUCCAGCUGUUUGUAGAUGAGAAGCAAGGAAUAGGAAAGGGGGUCUUGACGCAACAAUGGGGACCAUGGAAGCGGCUGGUGGCAUACCUUUCGAAGCAAUUGGACCCGGUGGCCGCUGGGUGGCCCCCUUGCCUUCGCAUCAUUGCAGCCACUGCCCUCCUCGUCCGCGACGCUGACAAGUUGACGUAUGGACAGCAACUCUUGGUUUACACCCCCCACGCCAUUGAAGGGGUUUUAAAGCAGCCGCCGGGUAAGUGGAUCUCCAAUGCCCGCUUGACACAUUACCAGGCCUUGCUGCUUGAUGCCCCACGGGUGCGUUUUCAGACCCCUUGCUUCCUGAAUCCAGCCACGCUCCUACCUAACCCAGAGAAAGACCGCCCUCUCCAUGAUUGCAGUGAGAUACUGGCUGAGGCCCUGGCGGCACGAAAAGACUUAACUGAUAUGCUGCGCAUCACAAAGGUGUUGAUGUGUGAGCACAGCUCUGGCGGCUGCGCUGCGUUCCCGACCCAGGCGCCUCCAGCUAUAGCCAAGCACGAGGUGGAGCAGACUGGCGCCGGGACAGGGCCCGAGGGCGCAGAGGUAGUGAGUGGGGUUGGAACCCAGGUCUCUGAGCCCUCAGGCCAGCAGCUCACCAGCGCCCUCUAG